AACUGCAACACCGGCAACAGACGCUCCGUGGCCGGCAUACAUUAGCGUCCUGCGUCGCACGGCAAGUCUCGCGCCGAUCUCGCCGGGGUGCGCACGCUUCGCCCUCUCCGCCGCCGCCACACAACCAAUUGACCAAUCAUCUUGUAAACAAACGGGUGCUGAAGAUGGGCCCGUCAUGGCUCCUGGCGCUGGUGUUGGCGCUGGCGCUGGCCUCCGCGCGCGGCGCCGCCGUGCCCACGCAGGACACCCUCGUCGUGGCCAGGUCUGAUGAUGAGUCAACGCCUGCACCCACAUCAUCCACCACCGAGCAAGCGCCGACGACCCUCGAACCCCCAGCGCCAUUACAGCUGAAGGAGAUGGACGUGAAAUCCGAGGUGUACCUACGAUACGCUCACACGGCCGUCGUGACGCGCGUCAAGAACCCGGCCGCCAGGUCUCAGGAGGCCACCUUCAGGGUGCUGCUGCCAGAGACGGCGUUCAUUAGCGGAUUUGUCAUGACACUGAACGGCAAGCCGUACAAGGCCUAUGUGAAGGAAAAGGAAGAAGCUAAGAAGAUCUACAACGAGGCCGUGUCUCAGGGCAUCGGCGCUGCGCAUGUCGCCACCAAAGCGCGCGAUUCCAACCACUUCACGGUCUCCGUCAACGUGGAACCCAACACGGAAGCCCUCUUCAACUUAACCUACGAGGAGUUGCUCAGCCGUCGCAACGGAGUCUACAACCACGCCAUCAACCUCCACCCUGGUGUAGUCGUGGACAAGCUGACGGUCGUUGUUCAUGUGAGAGAGGGACAGAAGAUCACGCAGCUGAGGGUGCCCGAGAUCAGGACCGGAAACGAGGUGGACGCGAAUGAGGAUGAUGCGCAGAACCCUCGAGCGGAGAUUGUGAGGAGUGCUGACGAGAAGGAGGCCACCGUCACCUUCAAACCUGACCGCGAGGAACAAACACGACUCAUGGAGAUAUACGCGGAGAAAAGCUGUGAGUCAGCGGCGCAGCGGCGGCGGCCGUGGUACCGCGAGGGCGAGGGGGAGGGGGAGGGGGGCGGCGCGCGGGGGGAGGGCGCGCUCGGACAGUUCGUGCUGCAGUACGAUGUGGAGAGACCGCUCAAUGGGGAGAUAUUGGUGAACGACGGCUACUUCGUGCACUUCUUCGCGCCCCCCUCCCUGCCUCCGCUGGCCAAGCACGUGGUGUUCGUGCUGGACACGUCCGGCUCCAUGAUGGAGCGCAAGUUGGAGCAGCUGCGCGCCGCCAUGACGGCUAUCCUGCGCGACCUGCACCCACACGACUACUUCUCCAUCGUCGAGUUCUCCUCGUACGUGCAGGUGCACGACCUGAAGGAGGCCCUGGAGGAGCCGCCGCCGCGCCGCUACUACCUGGACGAGAGCAGCAAGCCGCUGACGCUGGUGCCGCCCGCGCCCGCCACCAAGGACAAUGUGGAGAAGGCCGUUACUAUAGUGAGCAGACUGCAGGCUGAUGGAGGCACGAACAUCGACCAAGCGCUCUCCGUGGCCAUCGAGCUGGUCCGCAAGGGGGUCAACUGGACCCCGUCCCCCGCCACCACUGCGGAGGUGAAGCCGACCCCCGUGGCGCAGGCGGACCCCACGCCGGCCCCCGCGGGGGAGGAGGGGACCACGGAGGCGGGGAGGGAGGGGAAGGCUGAGGCUGAGGACUUGGACAAGCCGGAGCCGAUAAUAAUCUUCCUGACGGACGGCGAGCCGACUGUCGGCGAGACCGACCCCAAGCGCAUCAUCAGCCGCCUGUCCGAACGCAACUACGGACCCAACAAGGCCACCAUCUUCUCACUCGCUUUCGGCGAGGACGCGGACCGCGGCUUCCUGCGCAAGCUGUCGCUGCUGCACGCGGGCUUCAUGCGGCACAUCUACGAGGCGGCGGACGCGGCGCUGCAGCUGCGCGGCCUGUACCAGCAGGUGUCGUCCCCGCUGCUGGCGCACGUCACCUUCACCUACCCGCCGCGCCAGGUGAAAGCGGACUCGGUGACGCGUCGUCAGUUCCGCACGUACUAUGCGGGCGGCGAGGCGGUGGUGGCCGGGCGCGUGGACGACGAAGCAACGGAGCUCGCGCCUGAAGUGUCUGGCUUCUGUGGCGUCGAUGAUGGACCAGGGAAGAAAAAGUACGCGAUCUUCCCCAAGAUCCCCAUACCUCGGAAGAAGUCGGACUACCUACCUCUAGAGCGUAUCUGGGCCUACCUCACCAUCAAGCAGCUGCUGGACGAGCGAGACGUGGCCGAGUACAAGCAGGGGAAGGGGGGGGAGAAGGGGGAUGGGCCGGAGAAGAAGGCGCUGGAUAUUGCCUUGAAGUACGAGUUCGUGACGCCGCUGACCUCGCUCGUGGUGGUGAAGCCCAACGCCACCAACGCCGUCGACGCAGAGUCCGUUGAUAAAGAAAGUGCACCACCAUCGUACAACUUUGCUCCCUUGGCGGCGAGCUACGCGGGCCCGCAGUUCCACAUGAGCCCCGCCUACUCGUACUCCGCGCCGCACCAACUAAGUGGUGGCGGGCGGCGGUCUAGAACUAGGUCUAGGGCUAAGAGCUACAAGCAACUGUCGCUGAACGGACUCGACCAGCAAGACGGCAAAUACAGCCUCGUGUCUGAAGGUACUACAAAUAAACUUGCGUCGUUCGGAGCGGGCGGCUGGGCACGGCCCUUGGCAGGCCCUAUGGCGUACCCGGGAAGAGGAUUUGCCGGCAGGCCCGGUCCUGUUAGCUCCUACUCCUUCCAAGCACCAGGAUCGUAUAAUCGUAUCUACCCAGGUGGUCUGCCCGGUCCUGUCAGGGACGAAGACGACGGCCUUUUUGGAAUGAACGUCCCGUCGACGCCGCGCGCGCCGCCGUCCCCGCUGCAGCAGUUCCACCUGCAGGAGUUCCCGUGGGCCGCGCCGCUCGUCUCCGGCCAGAGCCUCGUGUUGGACCACAACGGCACCACCACCACGCUCAAACUGACUGCUGAGGAUGUUAACGCUCUCCGUCCCGACAACACGUUCAAGAACGAGUCGUGUGCCUCGGCCGUGGGCAGCGGGCAGCCCGGGCUGUGCGUGUACCUCACGCGCUGCGCCGCCGCUAGAACCAUCACCGCCGACCAGUACAAGAUGACCUACUGCACCGUCAAGUUCAGUUUGGCCGGAGUGUGCUGUCCGGUGGCCAGCAUUGUGAGCGACAAACCCGAAGCGCCGUGAUCCUACAACGCAUAUACUCUAGUUUAGUUGACAUUAGUACUUUAUUUAUUGUUAUAACUGUCCUACAAUAAAUGUGAUCUGAAAUGCAAUUUGUGAUGUGUAAAUUUGAAUUAAUUUGAUAUGUUUGGUGCUAAAAAGUUUAAUUUGUGCCAUCAAUAAUAGAUUUUACUUGGUAAGAUUUAUCAUAAGCAGUACCUAGAUUUAGCAAUACUUUUUUAAAGAGUUUAAUUUAGAAUAUAAUAGAAGGUAUAAUAUGUAUAGUUAAAAGAUACUAUUGUUGUCUAAUUACAAUGCAUAUUUUGUCUUAAUUAAAACUACCUUAAAAUUAA